AUGAAGAAAAACGCGCCCUGGGUUGAGAAGUACCGUCCAGCGAAGCUGGCGGACGUUGUCUUCCAGACCCAUGCCGUGGCGACUAUGCAGCAGAUCGUCGAGACCUUCAACAUGCCACACAUGAUCUUCCAUGGCCCUCCUGGAACGGGGAAGACAUCGGCUGCACUGGCCAUGGCGCGUCAGAUCUACGGCGUCGAAGGGAUGAAAGAGCGCGUUCUGGAGCUGAACGCGUCGGACGAGCGCGGCAUCAGCGUUGUUCGGGAGCGUAUUAAGACCUACACCCGUCUGAACAUUUCAAACAAUCGCAUUAACCCAGAGACCGGGAGGGUGAUGCCUAACUUCAAGAUUAUCAUCUUGGACGAAGCCGACAUGAUCACCCCGGAUGCGCAGGCUGCGCUGAGGCGUGUUAUCGAGAACUUCUCGAACAUAUCGCGGUUCAUAUUGAUAUGCAACUACCUCCACAAGAUCAUCGGGCCCAUAUACAGCCGUUGCUCGGCUUUCCACUUCAAGCCCAUCGUACAGGAAGCUCAAGUGGAGCGGCUCAGGUUCAUCUGCCAGUCUGAGCAGCUGGAGUGCGACGACGCGGCGCUGGACUUCCUCACGCGCGUAUCGCAGGGUGAUAUGCGUCGCAGUGUAACACUGCUUCAGUCAACGGCUAGCCUCUACAGCAAGGUCACGGAGGACGCCGUUCGCAAUGUGUCCGGCUACCCGCCCCGCCACAUCGUAGAAGACAUCUUCACCGCGUGUAUGGCGCCGACUAACGAGGUGGAGGCCAUCUGCAAGCAGAUAGUCCACGACGGCUGGGAAAUAGCUGCCAUCUUCCAACAGCUCGCCGAAUACGUCGUGAACUGCGAGACAUUGAGCGAUGUCCAAAAGGCCAUGAUCACAAUCGAGUUGUCGGGCAGGGAUUUUGCGCUUCUGCAAGGCGGUCUGCAAUACUUUCAGCUAGCAUCUAUCUGCUUCCACAUCCGAUCCGUCAUUGCCAACGGCGGUCAGCGCGCGUCAGCGUGA